UAUACAUUUUCCAGCUGAAAAUGCCUGCAGGAGAGGAAUAGAAUUCUGGGUUUUCCAUGAUUCGAUUAACGGCGACCGGUUUACUUCUUUUUGGCCUGUUUUUCGUCUUCGUCGACGCACAAUCGGCCUCGAAUGGGACUGAUGCCAUCUCAGGGGAUGCUGUGUCGAAUUUCCGACCGAGUUUGGCGGUUGUCAUAGGUAUACUCUGUGUCAUGUUUGCGUUGACCUUUUUCCUCCUUGUCUAUGCCAAGUUCUGUCACAGUGCAGCGAUUGUUCAUGCCAAUAACCGUCUUCAAACACUUCGUCGAACGCAGUCUCGGUUCUCGGGGAUCGACAAGAAAGUCGUGGAAUCGCUUCCUUUCUUUAGAUUCUCUUCGCUUAGAGGAUCGAAAGAAGGUCUUGAAUGUGCGGUCUGUUUAUCAAAAUUCGAAGAUACCGAGAUCCUGAGAUUGUUGCCUCAGUGCAAGCAUGGCUUUCACAUCGAUUGCAUUGAUCAGUGGCUAGAAAAGCACUCGAGUUGUCCUCUUUGCAGGCAAAAGAUCAACGCCGAUGAUCCGACGAUCUUCACGUACUCGAAUAGCAUGCGGUUCUCGAGGAACCAAUCCGAGCUACGAGAGGACACGAACAUCGAGCUCUAUAUCCACAGAGAGCAGGAGAAUCACGGCUCAUCGAGGUUCAGCAUUGGAAACAGUUUUCGGAAAAUCGAAAAAGACGAUAUCGAAAGCGAAGUACUAAUCCAAGAGGAUGAUGAAGAAGGGUUCCAUAAGUUCAAUCAUAAUAUCGUUAUGUUGGAUGUUGUCUUGAAGAACCGAUGGAGCAGUGUGAGUUCGUCUGACCUGAUGUUCUUGAACUCGGAGAUGCUUAACGAGUCAUCAAGCAACCGGUUUUCUUCCCUGGACAUGAACAAGGAGCAGUUUACGGAAACAAGGACAAUCGAAAACGACCGAAUCAUGAAGAUCAAAAAGGAAUUGGAGAUAAAGGUAUUGCUAAACAACCCGGAUUCAGCUCCUGGUCUGCCUUCGACAUCUGAUUCGGCAGCCACAUCGAGUCAAGCAUCUAGGAUUGUUAAUCAAACCGAGAAAAGAUCGAUGUCGGAUAUAGUUGCUUUAUCGAGGUUUCGAGAUGCCGGUACAAGGAACAGAACAGGCGAGUGUUCAAUGUCUGAAACUUGCACAAAAGAGGAAAGAAAAAGGCGGGUUUGGUUGCCAAUUGCCAGGAGAACACUCCAAUGGUUUGCCAAUCGAGAAAGGUCUCAUUGAUCCAACACAGCAUUUAGAUGUUUGAAUGUGCUAAUUCGUGUAGAUAGUUUGAUUUGUGCAUAAUUUCAGUAGGAAAGAGCUACACAAUUUUUAUUUUUUUCUUAUUUUGGUUUCUCUGUGUAAUAAUCUCGGGUCGAAUUCUUUACUUCUAAAAAUAAGAAUUCUAGUAGUCUACCA